AUGCAACAGAUCCGAAAUGAUUGUGCUGAAGGAGAUGGUAUGGAGCCUGGGUGCCGAAUGAAUGAACUGGAGGAAAAUAGGGUAAACGAUAAAGAUACACAACAAAGUAUUGAAAGCAUAAUGAAGAUGUCUGAUGCCUUUUGGUUUGAGGAUGAGCACGAUCAGGAGCAUAUAAAUAGGUUUGUUCUGUGA